AAUUACCAUGUGAUUAAUAUGAAUAAUUAUCUUAUCUUAUAUUAUCAUUGAGUUUUCGGAUAUAGCAAAUAGGAGUUAGAAUUGAACAAGGAGUCAAUGAGAUAUUAAUCGGAUAAGAGAGAGUUUGGGUUGACUUCUACUUGAUAUCUCUCUUCUACUUGGACUCUAACAAGAGCGUAUACAUCUACAAAGAAAUCCAUACUGAAAACUCAAGCAUUCAAAAACAUUUCAGCAAUCCAAGCGAAAGAAGCCUGAAAUACGAAAUAGAGUCGGACUAGUGUCUAUGUCCGAAAUACGACGUUGCUGUUGUACAAUGGUUAUAACUGAUGGUUGGGAAAGUGGAAGGAACCCUGCAAUUUAGGAUGACGCAGAGGAGUAAGAGAUUCUUGGAUUCUUCUAUUGAUUUUAAAGGGCGUGAUUUUGGAUUGAUACCUUUUGGUUCAGGAAGAAGGGGAUGUCCUGGAAUUUCAUUUCCCAUGGCUGAUAAUGAGCUCGAACUAGCAAACAUUGUGAGGGAUUUUGAUUGGGAAUUGCCAAGUGGAGCAAAGGAGGCUGAUUUGGAUAUGACAGAAUGCACUGGUUUAACCAUUCACAGGAAAGUUCCUCUGUUUGAUGUUGCAAUUCCAAACACCUUCUAGUUUUUUUUUUUUUUUUUUUUUUUUUGAUCUCUUAUUCGGUGUCCGGCACUUGUUUUGAUACCCCAGCUGUAUGAUACACCUCUUGGUAUGAGAAGACUAUACUUCAGAAAAGAAAAAAAAUAGU